AACGAUGUUACCGGUAACACUGGAUGCAAGAAGACCACCUUCAUCUUCGCUCGCGGUACCACUGAGAUGGGCACUCUCGGCUCCAUCGUCGGACCCGGUCUCGCCUCAGGCCUCGUAAAGGAUACCGGUUCCUGCGCCGUCCAAGGCGUAGACUACCCAGCCGACGCAGCCGGCAACGCCAACAUGGGAGCCUCAGGUGGCCCCAAAAUGGCUGCUCUCGUCAACCUCGCCCUCCAACAAUGCCCCGACACCAAGAUCAUCCUCGGCGGCUACUCUCAAGGUGCCAUGGUGGUCCACAAUGCGCUCAACUCCAUCGAUGGUUCCAAGAUUGCUGCUGUGGCUGCUUUCGGCGAUCCCAUGAACGGACAGAGUUUCAAGGGUGUGGAUGACAGUAAGGUGGUGAGAUACUGUGGUUCUACCGACUUUGUCUGCGAUUUCAGCGGUAAGACUCAGGGAGCUGGAUCGCAUCUUUCGUAUGGCUCGAACUUGGCUGAGGCUUCGUCUCGUCUGUGUCAGAUUGUGGGUGUCAAGGCUUAA